GUUUCUCAAGAUCUCUUGCCUCCCAUCUAGAUUUGAUAUCUCCUCGGUUGCCUCCUCCAGCUCCUCCGCCUCCUCCAGCUCCUCCAGUUUCCGAACAAGCCCACCGUGUAGAACAGACGACCCUUACUCCGCUCUUCUCCUCACUCCUCACUCCCCAACACAUAUCCGCCCCCACGCACUCCCAUAGAUGUCGGACAACAGCCUGCUGAAGGGCCUCAAGGCCAACAUCGGAGUGUACACCGACCCUGAACACAACCUGUACAUCGACUCCGCCAGCCCAUCGGUGGAAGAGCUCCAGAGCGGAUCUUCGCUGAAGCACGGAGAGGUCGUCGUCAAGAUCCGGAGUACCGGUAUCUGCGGCUCCGAUGUCCACUUCUGGCAUGCCGGCUGUAUUGGCCCUAUGAUCGUCGAGGGCAAGCACAUCCUAGGCCACGAGUCCGCAGGCGAGAUCAUCGCCGCGCACCCCUCGGUCACCCACCUCAAGCUCGGCGACGUCGUCGCCGUGGAGCCGAACAUCCCCUGCCAUGCGUGCCAGCCAUGCCUCACAGGGCGCUACAACGGCUGCGAAAAGGUGCUGUUCCUAUCGACGCCUCCAGUCCCCGGUCUCCUGCGGCGCUACGUCACGCACCCCGCCGUCUGGUGCCACAAGCUGCCCGACACCAUGACCUUCGAGGAUGGCGCUCUGCUCGAGCCUCUCUCAGUCGCGCUCGCCGCCGUUGAGCGCUCCGGCAUCAAGCUGGGCGACUCAGUUUUGAUCUGCGGCGCCGGGCCCAUCGGGUUAAUCUCCCUCCUGUGCGCCAAAGCCGCGGGCGCCGAACCCAUCGUGAUCACGGACAUCGACCAGGGACGACUCGACUUCGCAACGUCGCUCGUAGCGGGCAAGCCGGGCACGCUCAAGACGUACCUCGUCCCGCGCGGCAAGAGCGAGGAGGAGAACGCAGCCGCCAUCGUCGCCACGUUCGGCGGCGUCGAGCCCGACGCCUGCCUCGAGUGCACGGGCGUCGAGUCGUCGAUUGGCGCAGCGAUCUUUGCGGUCCGCUUCGGCGGCACGGUGUUCGUCGUCGGCGUCGGGAAGAAUCAUAUGACGUUCCCGUUCAUGCGCCUUAGCACCCGCGAGGUAGACCUUAAGUUCCAGUACAGGUACUGCAAUACUUGGCCUCGCGCGAUUAGGCUUGUCAGCUCGGGUAUUCUGCAGGAUAUUAGGAAGCUCGUCACCCAUCGAUUUACCCUCGAUAAUGCCGUCGAGGCGUUUAAAGUCAGUGCCGACCCGAAGAGUGGCGCUAUUAAGGUGCAGAUUACGAAUGAUGCGUAGAGAGGGGCGGGUGUGGAGUGUACACCAGAUGAUGGAUGGGUGCGGGUGUUUUUUGUAGCUUACAUAUCUGCAUUUUUCUGUUUUUUUGGCUGUUUCAAUGGAACCGGAUUCCAUAUGCACUUUCCGAAAGUCUGGAC